AUGGCGAAAAAGAAGGGCAAACGGAAUGCGGGGGGCAAAUUGAGGUCAACAGAAGCGCUAGCGGAUGUUGGCGAGGGCUCAAGCACUGCUGUCCAACGGAAUCCUGAAUUUCCUGCUUAUGAUACGGUUGACCCAAAUUUCCGGCGCCCGCCCGCUCAGGACUCAUCAUCAGUAGACGGUGAAGGCCACCCAACGCCUUCGGAAAGCGAUUCAUCUCCGAUCGCGCCGUACUUGACCACCAUAGAUUCUAGCGCUGAAAAGGAAACCUACGUGCUUUCUUCGACGGGAGAUGUCCUAGUAAAGCUCUCCUACGAAAAUAUUGAAAUUAGAUAUCUCGUCAUAGGACACAUCCUUCGUGUCAUUUCGCCAAUAUGGGAGAAGUGCCUCGACCCUAGCUCACCAUUCAAAUCUGAGAAAGUUGUCUACGAUAAUGGACAGGAUAUGACUGCACUACACCUCGAAGACGACAAUCCGGAUUGCCUCCUCAACUUAUUCAGAUGUACGCAUUUCCAAUACAGCGACGUCCCCACAACGCUUGAUUUCCACGACCUAAAAGAGCUAGCAAUCAUUUGCGACAAAUACGAUUGUGCACAAGUUCUUAAACCUUGGCUAGGCAACUGGUUGGCUCCUUGGGAAAGCUGUGUGUUGGAACCUGGCUACGAGGACUGGCUGUUCAUCUCGAAGGUUUUCAAUCACACCAACAAAGUUGAAGAGCUUUUAUCCCUGCUUUCAAACGUUUCGAGUUCCUUGAGCACAUGCGGAUCAUAUUUCAAAAGGGCAGAGCGCGAUGUAUCUGUUGAGAUGAUACCGAAACCGAUGCUAGAUAUAAUCAUUGAGCGACGAGACACAACAGUUAAAACUUUAACCGAGGGAGCGCGGAGUACCGUCGAACUUCUUCUGGACUCCAACGGCGAGGUUUCCAAAUGGUGUUCAAAUGAGGCUUGUAUCAGCCUCGCUUAUGGGUCGCUUUUUCGCUCACUAAAAGCAUCAGGGUUGUGGGGGUUAUUCGCCAGCUACCAAACGUGGCAUGGCUCCGUGAAUGAUUUUAGGGAAAAGCUUAACGGCCUCAAAUAUACUACCAUAAACGAACAUGUAGUAUCUUCCCUGUUCACUGUGGAGUCCUACGAUCGCUAUCACGGUUAUAAUAGGACUGUACCAGGCACUUGCAACCACUCUUGUCAAUUUAUCACGAACAAGAACAUGAUCUCUAAGAAGCUCAAAGGAGGAUGA